AUGGGUCGACGGAAGGGAGGGAGGGUUUUCCAGGCUGACACUCGCAACCCAUUCUUUCCUUCUUUGAGGCCGACAACGAGGGAUAUUCUGGACCUGACCCUGCCGUUCGUGGAGGAUGUUGAGCUGGAGACGUUGAUCGACCAGAGGACUGCGACGCUGGUGCGGCAGCUGGACACGAGUUCCGAUAUGGGGGUGAGGAGCACCGGCGUGAGGGGCUUGAUGGCAGUGCAGUUUUUCGAGAAGAAGAGGAGGAAGGCUUGGUUUACGAAAGGGGAGGAGGAGGUUUGCUGGGAACAGUGGACGCUGGAUGUUACACUUGCUACCCCGAGGACCGAAAGUGAGCGCGCGAAGGUCAGGAAAGCAAUGGAAGCCAUGCUUCUCAAAGCUGCCAUGAAGAUCGUGACAACGGUGAACAGAGAGAAAGACCACAUUCCACCAAUUACGACCAGCGAGUCAAACCCGUUCCCGUACCAGAUUGUGAUUAAUCCUAGGGAUAAUGGGUGGGGAGCCCGUAUGGGUAUUUUCUAG